AUGAGAUCAGGCAACGCUAACUUCAAGCUCUCCGGCAAACGUUACACGACCCUGGGCCUUCCCUACGACACCCAGUCCGUCAUUCACUACGGCCCGCGGACCGCCUCCAUCAAUGGGAAGAAGACUAUUGUGUCCAAGGACCCUACCAAGAAGAUCGGGCGUUCCAAGGGGUGGACCGACCUGGAUGUGCUCAAGGUUAAUACGCUGUACAAGUGUGACGCCACAGUGACGGGAGAACCGAUCGCAAAAUGGCAGGGUACAACAGAGCUGACUCCGACUCAUGCCGGCAAACAGACAACACCAAGAGACACCAUGCCAACGUCUGUCACCAUGUCAACCGUUCCCUUGGAGAUGACAACUGAUGAGACCACGACAGCUACAAGAGUACGUGCAACAAGAGUUGUGUGUACAUUCGACGAAGAUCUGUGCGGCUUCACAGAGGGAACCAGUGAUGACUUCAACUGGAGCUGGAGUCAGGAGGGUAAGGGCACUCCGUCCAGACGAACCGGACCCAAAUCAGACCAUACCAUUGGACAUGGCCGCUUUCUUUUCAUCGAGGCAAAUAAGAAGGCACCAGGAAAGAAGGCCCAUGGUUUGUCACCUGUGUACAGCACCACAGGGCCGCACUGUCUGACGUUCUACUACCACAUGAGGGGUCAGGGCAUCGGUUCUCUCAACGUCUAUCUACGCACGGUUGGCAUGGGAACCAAUGACGACAGAAAGCUUUGGUCUCUAUCUGGGCCCCAAGGCAACAAGUGGUCGAAAGCGGGAGUUACAUUUAACACGGCUGCGAAUUUUCAAGUGAUUUUCGAAGGUGUCCGAGGCACCAGUGCACAAGGGGACAUUGCUAUAGAUGACAUGAUCCUUGACACGGGGCCAUGUGCAUAGCAGCCAAUCAGCAGCCCUGAUGACAGGUCACAUGGGGUCAAGUAUGAUGUCAGCAAUGAUGCAUUGCUGACAUUGACACAGAGCACAUCUAACAUACUGCACCUAUGCAAAACCCAGAUU